AUGAUUAAAAAUAAAAUAUUAUUAUUUUUAUAUUUUAUAACUGUACUACCUAUACUUUAUUUGACUCUUAUACCUUUUUAUAAAAUAUUUGGUGGAAGAAAUUUAAGAAAGAAAAAAAUAGACUAUAGUCAAUAUCCAAAGGAAUGGAAUGAUUUAUUAAUUGGUGCCUAUUUAAACGAUUAUUUUAUAAUUGAAGUUUAUUUAUCUAUAGAAAAUAAUAACAUUAAUUUUACAGAUUCAAUUGGGUGGAAUGCUUUGCAUGUUUCAGUAUCAAAUAAAUGUAAAUCUGUAACUGAAUAUUUGUUAGAGAAUAAUAUUGAUUUUUCAACUCAAACAAUAGAUAAAGGCUAUACAGCUUUACAUAUAGCUUCUAGUAAUGGUUAUUUAGAUAUUGUGGAAAUGAUGAUUGCAACCAAUAAAAUGCCUCCAAUAUCAGCAUUAUCAAAUGAAAUGGAAACACCUCUAUUAAUGGCAAUUACCAACAACCAUACUGAUAUUGCAAAUGCACUAUUAGUUUAUUACAGUGAAAACUAUUCAAUAGACGAGUUUCAAAGAUUUAUAGACCAGUAUAAUGCAAAUGGGGUUUCCCCAUUUAUAAUGUGUGUGUUAAGAGAUAACUACUCACUUUUAGCAAGCUUAGUAUUAUAUGGGGCCGAUGUCAAUAGCUUUAAAAAGGAUAAUUCAAAUGCUCUACACUGUGCUGCAAAUACAAAUAAUGUCAAAAUUAUUAAAUAUCUAAUUGAUAAUGGUACCAAUAGUGAAGCAUUCAAUCGUUAUGGGAAUACUCCAAUUCAUGAAGCAUCUAUCAGAUCAAAUUAUCAAGCAAUCACUGCUUUUGUAGAAAUGAAUAUCAAAUUAGCAAAUCUAAAAGAUAAAGAUGGUUCAUCACCCCUACAUCUAUGCUGCAAUUGUUCUAUGUCCAAAGAUAUUGAAAAAAAUUUAAACUGUAUAAAGACCCUCCACUACAAUGGUAAUGCCGAUUUAAAUCAAACAGACAAUGGCGGUGCAACACCACUACAUGUACUUGCAUGCAACGAACCAAAUGUAUUGGAACUUGUUGAGUUUUUAUUAAAAAAUGGUGCCGAUCCAACAAUAGAAAAUAAACAUGGCUGGAGUGCUUUACAUCAAGCAUAUAAUAAUAAACAUGCAAAACAAGUAUAUGAUGCUUUAUAUCAGCACACUAAACUCAACUACCCAGCAUAUUUAAAUGGAUUUAACACAGAAAAGAAAAAAGAAAUAAACCAAAAUCAAGAUCAAAGCAGUGUAUAUACUAUAGAUAAAGAAGAAUUACAUAAAAUUGGUUUAGAACGAUUGAAAUCAAUUGGUGAUAAAAUCAAAAAUGGGGAAAUAAAGAGAAUCAUUUGUUUAACCGGAUCAGGUAUUUCCGCCAAUGCUGGAAUUCCACCUUAUAGAACAAAAGAUGGCUUGUUGAAUAGAAACCAACAGUUUUCAUUCUCUUUGGAGGUACUAAGAGAGAACCCCGAAUUAUUUUUUGAAACAUUAAAAAAACAUUUCUACCCAACCGCAAAUGGAGAUAGUCUAGUUAAACCAACCCAAUCACAUAAAUUUAUAAAUCAACUUGCAGAUAAGGGAUUACUUUUAAGGAACUAUACUCAAAAUGUUGACCCACUACAGGAAAGAUCUGGUACACCAGAUGAAUUAAUUGUUCAUGCACAUGGAUCAUUUAAUAAUUGGUAUUGUUCAAAUUGUAAAAAAGAAUAUGAUAAAAAUGAAAUUUGGUUAGAAAUAGGAAGAGGUGGGCUACCAUAUUGCAAGGAAUCAUCCUGUAGAGAAAUUAUUAGACCAGGUGUUGUAUUUUUUGGUGAAAAAUUACCAAUAGAAUUCAAGAGAUAUUCAAUUUCAGAUUUCAGAGAGUGCGAUUGUCUAUUUGUUUUAGGUACCUCACUUCAAGUUUAUCCUUUUUCUGGUUUAUUAAACGAUGUUAAAAUUGAUAUACCUAGAGUUCUUAUCAAUUUUGAAUCAACUGGACCAUUCAGGAACACAAAUGACCUAUUGAACCAAUCACAAAAUAACAAUGAUGAUAUAAAAAUAGAAUCAAGAGGUUUAAGAGAUGUUGUAGUAUUGGGUGAUUGUGAUAAAGGAGUUAACUUUUUAAAUAAUUUAUUUUUUAAUAGCUAA